CAGGAUUUGGAUGACAUGAAGAAACGGUUGAAGGAAAUGGAAGACGAAGCUGCUGCUUUGCGAGAGAUGCAGGCCAAGGUCGCGAAAGAGAUGGGAUCCGUGCAAGAUCCCGCUAAUGCUUCUGCAAGUCAGGUUAAUAGGGAGGAAGUUGAUUCUCGAUCAAUCUUCGUGGGCAAUGUUAUGCUUCCAUCUAUAAGUUUCCGCUCUAGUCAUGCUGCAGUUGGAAGUAUAUGAUAUAAAUAUAAAACAUAUAGCUGGUUAAAAAAUAGAAGUAUCAAAUUUAUGAAAUUAAAAAAAAAAGAGUGGAAAAACAAAAGAUGUAACACUAACAAAAAUAUUUAGAGGGAUAGAAAAGGGGAUAAGAAAGUUUAACUGUUAGAUAUUGAGAUGAAGAAAGUUAUGUUUAAUCGUUUGGAGAACAUAUGGAUUUCGAUACUGAAAAAUAUAUGGGGGAAAGAUCAAAAUAGCAUAAUUAUUAUUUAGGGCAGUAAAGAGAGGAAUUUAGGAUGGAGAGUUUUAUCUACUAUACUGUGAUUUUGUGGCCGGAUGGAUGGACAGAGGAAGGGAUAAUAUUGCAGAUCGGGAAUUUGGAAUUCUAUUGGUGAAAGAGGACACCCUAUUUAGGUGGAGGACUGUGCAUUGGUAUCUGCAGUUUUGAUUGCAAAGGCCGAGGACACUAUUGAUGAUGCUUAGUGCUCAAGAAAUUUAUAGGCAUUAUUUUCUCACGGUGGACUAUGCAUGUACUCCCGAAGAAGUGCAGCAGCAUUUCCAGUCGUGUGGAACAGUAAACAGAGUCACCAUUCGCACUGAUAAGUUUGGCCAACCCAAGGGUUAUGCUUAUGUAGAAUUUGUUGAAGUAGAAGCUGUUCAAGAGGCUCUUUCCCUGAAUGAAUCUGAACUGCAUGGACGGCAAUUGAAGGUUACUGCUAAGAGGACCAAUGUACCUGGGAUGAAACAAUUUCGUCCCCGCCGGCCUAGUAAUCCUUACAUGGGAUUUCGAGGCAGAACUCCAUAUGCACCUCCUUUUGCCUAUGCCCCGGCUCCUUAUGGAUAUGGAAAGGUUCCAAGGUUCAGAAUGGGGAUGCGCUACAGCCCAUACUAUUGAAUGCCCAAUUCUACAUGGAUUUAUUGAUUACUGGAUGGACAGACAUAAUCCUCUACUCCUUCACCCUAACAUGUUAUCAUGGCUGAUGUUUUGGCCUAUAAUGAGAGUAGUAUCAUCUUACCUGGUAACCUAGACUGAGCUUGUUUGUUCCGAGAGGAUUGAACAUAUUUAAGAGUAAACCUUGUAAACUUGUGGUGUUUUCUUCUGCUUUUGCUUUAGUGUUUAUAUUUAUAUAUAAUAUUCAAAUGUUCUUUGUAAAA